AUGGCUUCCUCAUCGAGCAACGUCGUCGGCGUGCACUAUCGUGUGGGAAAGAAGAUAGGAGAGGGAUCUUUCGGUGUCAUUUUUGAGGGCACCAACCUCCUGAAUAACCAACAGGUCGCCAUCAAAUUCGAGCCGCGUAAAAGCGACGCACCUCAAUUGCGAGAUGAGUACCGGACGUACAAGAUUCUCGUUGGAUGCCCUGGCAUUCCCAACGUCUACUACUUUGGACAGGAGGGUCUGCACAAUAUCCUCGUGAUCGACCUUCUCGGUCCCUCCCUCGAGGAUCUCUUCGACCACUGCGGCCGAAGGUUCACUAUCAAGACCGUCGUCAUGGUUGCCAAGCAGAUGCUGUCGAGAGUGCAAACCAUCCACGAGAAGAACCUCAUCUACCGUGACAUUAAGCCCGACAACUUCCUGAUCGGCAGACCAGGCACCAAAGCCGCCAACGUGAUUCAUGUUGUCGAUUUCGGCAUGGCCAAGCAGUACCGCGAUCCUAAGACGAAGCAGCACAUCCCUUAUAGAGAGCGAAAGUCGCUGUCCGGUACCGCCCGAUACAUGAGUAUCAACACCCAUCUCGGUCGCGAACAAUCCCGCCGUGAUGAUCUCGAGGCUCUUGGCCAUGUCUUCAUGUACUUCCUUCGUGGCGGUCUUCCCUGGCAAGGUCUGAAGGCUGCAACAAACAAGCAGAAGUACGAGAAGAUUGGCGAGAAGAAGCAGACCACCCCUAUCAAGGACCUCUGCGAAGGAUUCCCCGAUGAGUUCAACAAGUACUUGACCUACGUACGGAAUCUCGGCUUCGAGGACACCCCCGACUACGACUACCUCCGCGAGCUCUUCACACAGGCCCUGAAGAACACUGGUGAGGUUGAGGACGGCGAGUACGACUGGAUGAAGAUCUCCAAGGACAACGGCAAGGGAUGGGAUGCCAUGAAGGGCCACAACCCCGGAUACCUGCACAACCCAAAUGCUCGACCCGGCCCGUCUCAGAUGGAGCUUCACAGCGGCCAUCGGGGCGGUGCUGCAAACCCCAACAACCCCAACAACCCCAACAACCUGACAGUCGGCCGUUUAAACGCCGCGCAACCCCCGCCUCCUUCUCCGAUCAAGCAGAUGGCGAAGUCGAGAGGUCAACCAAACGCCCCCGGCGCCUUGAACGCGCAACGGGGCUCCGGAGUCGGGGGUCUUCGGGACAUGGCCACCCCCACCGGCUCAACUCAGGCCCAGUUUCAGAACAGCAACCGCAACCUCCCCCAGAACGUUCCUCAACAGACACCGAUGAACCAGCAGCCGGCCCCUCCUAAUGGCCGUCCUGCUGAGCCCCAGCCUACAGGCUUCCAAAAGUUCAUGAAGGUGCUUUGCUGUGGUAUGUAUCCCUUUGUGUCUCACCCAUCGUCGGGCCGUGUCACUAACAAUUCUACAGGCUAG